AUGCCUUUCACCAAGCUUGUCAAGAACCGCCCAUACUUCAGUCGCUUCCAGACGAAGUUCAAGCGCCGUCGCCAGGGCAAGACCGACUACUACGCCCGCAAGCGUCUCAUCACCCAGGCUAAGAACAAGUACAACUCGCCCAAGUACCGCCUGGUCGUCCGCUUCACCAACCGCGACAUCAUCACCCAGAUCGUCACCGCUGAGAUCUCCGGCGACAAGGUCCUUGCCUGCGCCUACUCCCACGAGCUCAAGCGCUAUGGCAUCAAGAACGGCCUUACCAACUGGUCUGCCGCCUACGCCACUGGUCUCCUGCUUGCCCGCCGCACCCUGAAGAAGCUCGGCCUGGACGAGGACUUCACCGGUGUCGAGGAGCCAGAUGGUGAGUUCACCCUGACCGAGGCCGCCGAGACCGACGAGGGUACCCGCCGCCCCUUCAAGGCCGUCCUCGACGUCGGUCUUCACCGUACCUCCACCGGUGCCCGUGUCUUCGCUGCCAUGAAGGGUGCCUCUGACGGUGGUAUCUUCGUGCCCCACUCCGAGAGCCGCUUCCCCGGCUACGACAUCGAGAGCAAGGAGCUCGACACCGAGACUCUGCGCAAGUACAUCUUCGGCGGUCACGUUGCCGAGUACAUGGAGGGUCUUGCCGACGACGACGAGGAGCGCUACCAGGGCCAGUUCUGCAAGUACCUUGAGAACGACCUCGAUGCCGGCGAGCUCGAGGAGAUGUACGCCAACGCCCACGCCGCCAUCCGCGAGGACCCCUUCAAGAAGGACGAGGAUGCUGGCCCCAAGAAGAGCAAGGAGGAGUGGAAGGCCGAGAGCUUGAAGUACAAGACCCCCAAGCUCUCCCGAGAGGAGAAGAGAGCCCGCGUCGAGGCAAAGAUCCGCGAGCUUGCAUAG